GAGUCACAUGAUUCCAUGUGCGUUUCAUAAGGCCAGAGAGCCAGCUAAGACUUUAACUGAAUGCGCUGCUCUCCUUUACAUCAUUUUGUCACAAUGCAUCGCUCGGGACAGUGACAUCCACGGCGUCUCGUUCUAGAAUUGUCAAAGGAAUUGGUUUGGAACUGGCGCGAUGUUUUUCUCGUUGGGAUCGGUGACAGCUCUAGCGGCUGGCAUUUUAGCCCUACACGUUGUACAGAAACGGUGUUUCCCUUACUUUUGGAAGGAUCUUUUUUAUUUAGUGAAAGUCAUCCGGUACGGCGCACGUCUGGAGAUAUUCAAAAUUACUUCAAAAGUUGUCACUAUCAUUGACAGAUUCGUGCAACAGGCAGAGCGAAUUCCCACAAAACCUUUCCUUAUAUAUGAGGGAAUAACGUACACCUAUCAAGACAUUAACGAGCGGAGCAACAAAUUGGCGAAUGUCUUCCUCGAGCAGGGCACGUUGAAGAAAGGGGACUCCGUUGCGCUUCUGAUGAACAAUGAGCCCGACUUCAUCUGUGUUUGGUUCGGAUUGAUCAAACUCGGAUGUGCAGUGGCCUUUCUAAACACAAACAUUAAGUCCAGAUCGUUGCUACAUUGUUUCAACUGCUGUGGGGCCAAGACUCUUGUUGUUGGUGCAGACCUGUUGGACUCCUUGGAGGACAUCUUGCCCAGCUUCCUGGAGGACAACAUCUCGGUGUGGGCCAUGAAGAACGAGAGGAGCCACACGGAGGUCCAGACACUGCUAGAUAAGAUGGACAAGGCGUCGGACAAGCCCACCCCGCCUGCCCUGAGGGCUGCCACCUCCCUCAAGGCCGCCACCCUCUACAUCUUCACCUCAGGAACCACUGGUCUGCCUAAGGCUGCGGUCAUCACACACCUCCAGUCCCUGAAGGCUGCAGCAGGGUUCUGGGCCUACGGUGGGUCGGAAGAUGACGUGGUCUACAUCCCCCUGCCUCUCUACCACAGUGCAGCCUCUCUCAUCGGCGUCGGGGGAACCAUCGAGAUGGGCGCUACCUGUGUCUUGAAGAAGAAGUUCUCAGCCUCACAGUUCUGGAAUGACUGUAGAAAAUACGAUGUGACCAUCUUCCAGUAUAUCGGCGAGCUCUGUCGAUAUCUGUGCAACCAGCCUAAGGCCGAGGGGGAGAAGAAGCACAAGGUGCACAUGGGUGUGGGAAACGGGCUCCGGCAGGACGUGUGGCGGGAGUUCCACCGACGUUUUGGCGAGAUCCGCAUGUGCGAGCUCUACGGCUCCACAGAGGGCAACCUGUGUUUCAUGAACCACAUCGGCAAGAUCGGAGCUGUGGGCCGCUCCAACUUCUUCUACAAGCUCCUCUUCAAGUAUGACCUGGUAAGGUAUGACAUGGUACGAGAUGAGCCGGUCAGGAACAGCCAGGGCUUCUGUCAACACGUUAACAAGGGUGAGACGGGUCUUCUCUUGUCCAAGAUUGGCGCCUCCAGUCCCUUCUUUGGCUACGCGGGGAGCAAACAGCUGACCGAGAAGAAGUUGAUGAGGAACGUGUUCGUGAAGGGAGACGCGUACUUCAACACUGGAGACCUCAUGGCUGAAGAUGCUGAGGACUUUAUCUGUUUCAAGGACCGAGUGGGGGACACUUUCAGGUGGAAGGGUGAAAACGUGGCAACAACAGAAGUGACAGAGGUGCUCGGACUGGUAGACUUUAUCCAAGAGGCCAAUGUCUAUGGGGUGGAGAUUCCAGGAAAUGAGGGAAGAGCCGGAAUGGCCGCCAUCAUCGUGAGGCCUGAAUGUGAGUUUAGCGGGAAGAAGCUAUUUGACCACGUCCUCAAUGAUCUACCAGGCUAUGCUCGUCCUCUCUUCAUAAGGCUUCAGGAAUCAAUGGAGAUGACGGGAACCUUCAAGCAGCAGAAAUUCAAUCUAGUGGAGAGCGGAUUCAACCCUUCAACAAUCUGUGGCCCUCUCUAUUUCCUGGAUUUCUCCGAGAAAAGCUACGUUCCCCUCACGAACACGCUGUACUGCAGCAUUUUGGCUGGCGAGCGGAAGCUAUAGUGGUUAACCGUAGCUAAAACCACCAACCCAUUUGGUUCACUGAGACGGUGGCAGCAUAGUUGUGCCGUUUCGAAGAGGGACCGAGAGUCCGUCAAUUGGGUCUAUUCCUAAUUGUGUAUAAUGUCUGAAAUUGUCUCGUAUGAGUGGUCGGGAUCAACAGAGUGGGUUAAUGAUGAAUAGGGGGA